AUGGACUACUUUGUGGACGGAUCUGUAUUUAUCAUCGACGCCCCAGGCCAUGUUGCCGGCCACUUGAAUCUCCUGGUACGUAUUGAUUCAGAGAAAUGCAUGUAUUUGGCGGGUGAUACCGCUCAUGAUGUCAGAGUAUAUAAUGGGGCGAGGGAGAAAUCGGAUGAUGAUGAGGAGUGGGUGGAGGUUAUUCUUUCGCAUGGGAAAAUGGAUGGUGAAGUGAUAAUUCAAAGCAAGUAUCAUAGAAUAAAACGACAUGGGUGA